CUGUAUGUACAUUUAUAAAUACCGAUCAAUGAAAUCACAUUUUCUUCAUCCAGUAACAUUCAAAUCUAAUCAACUACAUAAACUCAAAAAAGGAUGAAUCCUAUGUUUUACUUCCUUCUUCCCUUAACCGCUGUUUUGGCCGCGACUGCGAACGCCGGCAAACCAAUUCUCGAUUCUAAUGGUUAUCGUGUCAUAACCAACGCCAGUUACUACGCUAGGCCUCUUGUUAGCAUGUUCGAACUUGCAGGUGGCGGCCUAACUCUCAACACCUUUGGUGUCAACAAUUGCCCCUUCUAUGUUGGAAAGGAACAAUCAGAGUUCGAAGAUGGCAUUCCCGUCAAAUUCUCAGACUGGGAGUCUGGCGAUGGGUUCGUUCCCGAAUCAGAGAACCUCAACAUUGAGAUGGACGUCAAAGACACGGUCUGCUUUGAGCCAACCUAUUGGCGUAUCUCUACGGCCCCGGUGGUCCCUGUGAGGUUGCUCAUAAAGACUGGUCCUAAGUCGUCUAAUGGUUUGUUCCAGAUCAGAAAAAGUGAACAUAUACGUACGUAACGUACCCGUUACCAAUUUUUCCGUGCUAGUAUCUGUUACGAAUCAAGUUGCAUAACUAUACACUUGUAUCAUAUCCGUGAUAUGUAUCAACAUAUUAUAUCAUAUGUAUCUGUUACGAAUCAAGUUUACCAUUUGCUAGUUGUUUGUUGGUCCUUUGCUAGUUGUUUGUUGGUCCUUUUAGCUCUAUUUAUUCUACUAAGUCAUUGAAGUUUAUCAUCU